GGAUUAUACUGGAUUGUUGUUAGUUGUAUUUCUCUCUCUAUCUCACAAACAUUUUACACACAAUUGACUCCGCCAAUAGGGGGGCCCAACCACCGUCCCCUAUGUCCUCCUCUAUCUUUCUCCCUUUCCGUCUCAGAAAUUUCCACCUACUCAAACAACGUCCGUCGCAUGGUCAAUGAUCACCGUCCUCACUUCUCCGAUCAUUACUCCGCCGUCAAAACCACCGGCCAAUUCACCAAGCUAGGUUUUUAUAUAACACUCCCUCCGAGCUCAAUUCUCCAUGGACGGUGAUAAUUCAGUGGAGCUCUGCACUUCAAUUCACGAUAUGGACGACUCGCAGCUAGUUGGAGCUCCCGUAGCGAUGUCCUCGGAUGCUGAGGUUGCUGCUACUACGGUGGCUGUGGAGGUGAAGACUUCGGUGGCGAUGAUCGGCUCCGUUGAGAAGCGGAAGCGAGGACGGCCGCCACGUGGAGCUGUGGCAGAAGUUAAGUCACCAAAAAGACAGCUACAGGAGGACGACGAGGGGGAAGAUGUUUGCUUCAUUUGUUUCGAUGGUGGUUCUCUUGUCCUAUGCGAUCGCAAGGGGUGUCCGAAGGCUUACCAUCCAUCUUGUAUAAAACGAGACGAGGCAUUUUUCCGAUCCGACGCUAAAUGGACCUGCGGUAUGUCCCUCUGCUUCUACGAUUGUUGUUCCCAUCUCUAUUUUUUUAAUCUUGUUUUAAUGAUAUGAGAUUUUUCUUGAUCU